UCGACAUUAUUGCCAGUCCGCCCAUGGCCGCGACGCGCGCUAUUUUACUCUCCCAGUAUUUUGGUGUUUAGAUAUUGUUUUGACUGAUAUAAACCAAGUUUCAUGUACAUUUCGUUGUGUUAAAUUGACAAUAUACUUGUUGAUGAUCGAAUUGUGCCUACGAACUUAUUUCACGACCCCGAGACCAACUUAACAAGUAUUACAGUGACGCCCAACUUGCGGGGCACAUUCAACACAAGUGUAAACAACGAAAGCCUUUCGACAUUUACUUGAAGAACCCACUUUCUAUCGUCUCAACAUGCCACCGAAGAGGAAUGCCGCGAAGACCGCGAGAAACGAGGGAUCGAACUCGGACGCAGACUACACUGACACCGAAGUGAACCGGACAGUGGUGUCCUCACCGAACGUCACCAUGUCGGAGGAAAUGCUCCAGAAACUUGUCUCCAGCAUCACCAGGAGCCAAGCGGAAUCCAGCCGUACGCUGAUAGAGAGCAUCCUGACUGGUUACAGAGGCCAACAUUCGCACUCAUCAUCACCACAACCCGACACGCCAGGUUACCCACAGCGCCCGGGUAACUUCGCGAAGUGCACAGCGCGCUUCGACGGAAGGUCAAAGAACUCGGACGAGCUCGAAGCAUUCAUUGAUGCCAUCGAAGUGUACCGCGAGUGCACCAACGUCAGUGAGGAGCACGCCCUGCGUGGGCUACCGAUGCUGCUGGUCGGCGAGGCCGCCGUGUGGUGGCAAGGCGUGAAGUCGUCGGUGACGUCAUGGACCGGAGCCCUACAGCGACUUCGAGGGAUGUUCGGCGUGCCGCGACCCGCGUAUAAAAUAUUUCGCGACAUAUUUUCCGCCGAACAAAGUGACGAACGAGCCGAUGUGUUUGUGAACAAAGUGCGCGCCUUAUUAUCAAAGUUACCGUACGUAGUGCCCGAAGCAAUGAAGCUAGACAUUGUUUAUGGACUUUUAGAUCGUAGAAUAAGAAAACGAGUGCCUCGUGACGCUGUGGACGGGCUGGAACAGCUGAUAUGUAAAGUCAGGUUGGUGGAAGAGUCGCUGGCAGAGGUGAGUUCUCGCGUUGAUAAUAACAAUAGCGCGAGCCCCGUUAACCCACCAACUGCGCGAUGCCGAUCGACCGCGGGCGGGCCCGAGUGUUAACCCGUCGCAUGCCGUAAACGACCCCCCGAAUUCAUUUAGUCGUGAAUGUCGUGAUGAAGUUUUUCUCGAUUCGUGUAGUGAAUCCAUGUCGAUGAAUAACCCGCGAGUUUUAAAUGCGAAGUAUAGGGAUAGUGAGGGGAAAAGGCGCGUUCGACCCAGGUGUAGUUACUGCAAACUUUUCGGCCAUACUAAAGAUAACUGCCGCAAUAAAGAAAUUAAAAGUGACGUAACUACACUUGAGUCGGGUGAUAGUAAUGUCCUACGUUGUUACGGAUGCGGUCAGCUGGGAGUAGUUAGAUCAAAGGGCGAUAAUUGUAAAGGUGCACCCAGUUCGAGUAGUACGAGUAAAUCGGACUUUAGUACGGCCUAUGUCAUAGACAGCGAUGACGAUCCAAGGCCGCUGAUAGAAAUUCAGGUCGUAAACCGAACGGGAGUGGCGAUUAUUGACACGGGGGCCACACACUCUAUCGCAAGCCCCGUGCUGUAUAAUAUGUUACGCGAGGCAGGUGUUACAUUUAGGGAGUCCAAACGUAUCGUAGGGCUUGCAAAUGGAUCGCAACACCUACAGACGACGCUCGAAGGAGAGGUCAAUGUCACCUUGAAAGGUCGUAUAAUACCUACCGCGUUCUUGGUGCUACCACACGCGCGAACAAGAACCCUAUUAGGUAGAGAUUUUAUUACCAAAGCUGGUAUCCUGCUGGACUUAUCGCAGAGCAGCUGGUGUUUCAACGAUGGGCCGCGGCGUUGGCAUCCGUUCAUCACCAGCUUCGAAUUAUCUACCACCGGCAAGGCAGAGCUGAUGAAGGUAGAAGCAGCAGACCGGGUACUCCAGGGGCAGCUGAGUACCUGUAUAGUGCACGGAGCCCGCGGCACUCAACGUGUUAACGGUCGGAGCGACCCGAAACCCCCUACGAUAUCGCCUCCCGAUGUUUAUUGCCCCGGGGCAGGUUCAAUGCAGGGGGAGGCUCCCGGAAACCCACUUCAUCCAUGUUGUGCCAAUGUUGAUUUAGCUUCUUUUAGUAAGAACCAAAUCGAGUACCCAGAGUCACGUGACAUGCUGCCAUCCGACGUUCCGUCUAGGGGGAGGAGAGGGCCCUACAAGGGG